CAGCUUGGCUGUAAACUUGCAGCCUUGAGCUGGUUUUUCUCCGCGCUCCCGGCCCGUUAACGGGGAACGGGUCCAGGUUGCCCCCCAGCCUGGGCUACGUUCAAACCAAUGACCAGGCGCUAGCUUGUCAAUUUCACUCCUCCGGUCUUUCCCCUCGUUCCUUCUUUCCCAGCAAAUAGCAACCCAGCCCCCGACUAGUCUCCAUUGUUCUCGGCCCUCUAAGGGGCAUUUCCCCCGUGCCCCCGUGGCUGAGCGGCAAAGGCAGCCGCCCGAGCCUGCAGGCGCGCUGGCCAUGCGGAGCCCUGCAGGUCAACAGCCCUAGUGCGCGCCCGCCCCGGCCCGGGCAGCUCCGCGCUCUGCCCCGCGGCCGGACUCUCGGCUGAGACGCCGGCCAGGGGGAGCGGCGCCCCGGAGGCCCCCGCCAUGCGGUCGCUGAACAUCACCCCGGAGCAGUUCGCCCGGCUGCUGCGGGAGAACAACGUGACGCGGGAGCAGUUCAUCGCGCUCUACGGGCUGCAGCCGCUGGUCUACAUCCCGGAGCUGCCCGGCCGCGCCAAGCUGGCCUUCGUGCUGGUCUGCGGGCUCAUCUUCGCCCUGGCGCUCUUUGGCAACGGCCUGGUGCUCUACGUGGUGACCCGCAGGAAAGCCAUGAGGACCGUCACCAACAUCUUCAUCUGCUCCCUGGCGCUCAGCGACCUGCUCAUCGCCUUCUUCUGCGUCCCUUUCACCAUGCUCCAGAACGUUUCCUCUAACUGGCUGGCGGGUGCAUUUGCUUGCAAGAUGGUACCAUUUGUUCAAUCUGCUGCUAUUGUUGCGGAGAUUCUCACGAUGACCUUCAUUGCUGUGGAAAGGCAUCAGGGAAUUGUGCAUCCGUUAAAAAUGAAAUGGCAGUACACCAACAGAAGAGCUUUCACGAUGCUGGGAAUAGUCUGGUUGCUGGCAGUUAUUGUUGGGUCACCUAUGUGGCAUGUACAGCGACUGGAGAUUAAAUAUGAUUUUCUGUAUGAAAAAGAGUAUGUUUGCUGCUUGGAAGAGUGGACCAGUGCUGUUCACCAAAAGAUAUAUACCACCUUCAUUCUUGUCAUACUCUUCCUUCUUCCACUGAUGCUGAUGCUUCUGUUGUACAGUAAGAUUGGUUAUGAACUCUGGAUUAAGAAACGAGUGGGAGAUGCUUCAGUUCUUCAAACCAUCCAUGGGAAUGAAAUGUCUAAAAUAUCAAGGAAGAAGAAGCGAGCGAUCAUUAUGAUGGUGAUGGUGGUGGUUUUAUUUACAGUCUGCUGGGCCCCUUUCCAUGUGAUUCACAUGAUGAUAGAAUACAGUAAUUUUGAAAGUGUGUAUGAUGAUGUCACAAUCAAGAUGAUCUUUGCUAUUGUUCAGAUCAUUGGGUUUUUCAAUUCCAUUUGUAACCCUAUGGUAUAUGCCUUUAUGAACGAGAACUUCAAGAAAAAUUUCCUCUCUGCAAUUUGCUUUUGUAUUGUCAAGGAAAACCCAUCCCCUUCCAGGCGACUUGGAAACUCAGGGAUUAACAUGAUGCAGCAAAAGGCAAGUCUUUCUCAAAGAGAGCCCACUGCUUUAGACGAGGCCAGGAGAGAAGCAUUCAGUGAUGGCAACAUUGAAGUCAAAUUCUGUGAUCAGCCAGCUGCAAAAAAGAAUACAAAAAGGCACCUUGCUUUGUUUGCUUCUGAACUCACUGUGCACUCUGCAUUAGAGAAUGGACACUAGCAUCAUGAACCGUGGUUGGGGUUUUUUUUUUUCAGUAUUAGAGAAUUGCUUCCUAUAUUUGAUAUCUUUCAACAAACCAUUUUAUUUUAUUUUCUACUUUGCACAUUGAAGUGAGAAAAGAGAAUAUAUUUUAUGGUUUAUGGCAAUGCUAGAAUAUGUUUUCAAAACAGUAAUAUAUUUUACAGGGGUUAAGAAUAAAACUUUGGAAAACAAGUUCCGUUAUGAUUACUAGAAAUAUUUUUCUUAUGCCAAAUUCUGGCUCUGUGGGGUUUACCCCCAAAUGCGGGCAAACUAACAUUGUUUUUCUAUUAGCAACUCUGUUUACUUUGUGCCUGUGUUCUGGCUGGCCAUGGGAAUGUAUACAGCUGACUGUGCAAAUUGCCUGAAGGUAUAAUCAAUGGGGUGAGCACAUACAACCUCUGGGAAGGUCUGGAUUCCGUAUGGACUAUGCUACUUCUACCAAGGCUUGCCCUCUGCAGCUCAGUGGACAAAGGGACUGCAGAUUAGUCUGGGAGGAGGCAAGAUUGAGACACAUCAGGUAUAUUAUGCAUUUUUCUUGUGCUAUGUCUGUGAAAGGCCAGCCAGAAUUCGUCUGUAUGGAAUAAGACUUAAAUACUGUAUGCAUACUAAGGCUUUUGUUAAGGGAAGUCAAUUUGAUAUCAACAGUGUACUACUUGUGUGUGUCUAACUGAUGUGCUGUCAUCACAGGAUAAUUAUCUGAAUACAAAUAUAAAUGUUACAGUGGACUGGCCUGUAAACUGCAUCACUUUCAUUGAAAAAUGCACAGAAGUGCAGUAAAGUCAUCAAUACAAUGUAGAAGUUGGAGGAUGUGCUCCCUAAAAUAUAGUUGUUAGUUUAAGGUCCCAAUUUAGAUACAUUGCCUGAUUAACUGCAGCAAUGCCAUCACUAUAGAGCAUGGGUGGGCCCACGAGCUCCCGCUGGGGAGCGGGGUCUGGAGCUUGCCCCGCUUCAGCGCUCC